AUGUUACUAGCACCUCAAAAAGUGCGCAGUGCGCCCUUCAAGCCAUCUGAGGCGCAAAUCGAGCCGACCCAGACUGUCCGUCAGCCAUCAUCGGAAUUGGACGCCGAACCGAGCCUAUGGAGUUGUUUGAGGACCCGUUAUCCCUCAAAAGUCCAAAUUACCAUGAAUUGUUUGGAAGCUGCUAGGGAAGCAGCAGCAUUCAUCGAUAAAAGGCUUCCUGGACUCUUCAGACUGCUUUCUCACGGAAAGAAGAGACUCCCAGUGGAGGCCAGAGUAGCAAAUGAGUCGAUUGCCCCGAAACCGAUGACCAUCGAAGACGAGUUGGAAAAACAGAUGGUAGACGAGUUGGCAAAACAGAUGGUAGACCUGCACAAGCUCGUAUUGGGACAAGAGGCAAUAUUAAGGAAGCAAAACGAGGAAGUGGGCAAGCUAGGAAGAGCGUAUAAGGAUGAAGCUAGGGAAGUAGGUGAAGAAGUAGAUCAGAUAUCUUACCCCUACGUGUUUGCUGGAAAGAAAGAUUUACAGGAAGGAAUGAGAAAUGUUCGCUUCAUUAGUGACGGGCUUGAAGCGCAGAGAAAGAAGACUUGGGACACAACCGUGGAUGGAUCAAUGGACGGUUCUAUGUAUGUCGAAAUCACAAUUUUGCUGCCACAGUAUAACCUGCCGGUCGAGUCGACUAUCCUUGAGAUGUUCUCUCUCUUUUCCCACCUUCGGAAGCUCUUCAGGGCAAAGCCCUCAGCCAAAGAAGAAGCGACCGACGUAGUCGAGACCAAAUCCAUCGAGACGACCCAAACGGACACUUCCUACUCGAAAGAGGUUGAGCAUCAUCAGCCCAUGCCAGCACCAACAUGGGCGCUCCCUCUCUGCGGUCCUCUAUUUAAUAAAAUCUCAACCAAAAACGGUACGCAAAACACGACGAGUCACACCAACCUCAAGUCCACAUCAACUCUCUGCGCGCCUUGUAUCCCCGAGAAGGACGAUUUCGUCAUCAUCGAUCCACCUAUCACAGAAGACGCUGCAGAUUCACAGCCUGUCAAGGAGCCCCUAUGCGACUUCGAGAUUCAGCACGAACCAGGAAGGAGAAAGUUCGUGAUGUACUUGACGGAAGACAUUGACGAGACUAUCAACGCCGAGGGAAUGAUGCUUAUCGCGAGCCUUUUGGGGACCCUGAGGAACGGCGUCGCGGGGGAUGCCCCCAUCAAUUAUUCCACCCGGCGGUCGGCGAACUUGAUCAAAGUUAGAGCCGCGAGGUGGGCGGACGAAGUGGGUAAGGAAGCCGACAAGCUUCUUAAGAAGGAGAAUGCCAAGGUAGCGAGGAUUCGGAGAAAAGCACAGGAGGAGAAGGAGGUGAAUAGUAACAAUGUUAAAUAG